CCCGCGGGCACGGCCCGGGGCGGCAUGGGGGGGCCGCGGCGCCUGCUGCUGGUCUCCAACUCCACCCUGCACGGAGGGGGGUACCUGGGCCACUGCCAGCAGCACAUCAAGAGCUUCCUCGGGGAGAAGGUGAAGCGGGUGCUCUUCGUUCCCUACGCCCUGCACGACCGAGACGCCUACGCCCGCACCGCGAGGGAGAAGUUUGAGAGCUUGGGUUAUGGGCUGGACAGCAUUCAUGAAUCUUGUGAUCCAGUGGAAGCUGUAAGGAAAUCUGAAGCAAUAUUUAUUGGAGGUGGGAACACAUUCCGUCUCCUGAAAGCUCUCUAUGACAACAGCCUCAUACAGGAGAUCAGGAAAAGAGUUCUUGAGGAUGGGAUUCCUUAUGUGGGGUCCAGCGCAGGAACUAAUGUUGCUACCAUCAGCAUCAAUACUACCAAUGACAUGCCAAUUGUUUAUCCACCUUCCCUGCAGGCCCUAGGUUUAGUUCCUUUUAAUAUUAACCCCCACUACUUGGACCCAGAUGUUAAAAGCACUCACAUGGGUGAGACAAGAGAGGAAAGAAUUCGCCAAUAUCAUGAAGAACCAAACACGCCUCCAGUUCUGGGCUUGCGGGAAGGUACGAUGCUGCUAGUGGAAGGAGACAAAGCCACCUUGCAAGGAGUGACAGGAGCACGUCUGUUUUUGAGGGAUAAGAAACCAACUGAACAUGAGCCUGGAACAGAUUUCAGUUUCCUCCUGACUGACAAUAAUCUCCAGAAUCUGUAGCCUUGCAUACUCUGCAGCAAAAGUUACUACAUGAGAAGACAAUGAGGAGAAAGGAAAGAGAUGCUUCUAGCCCCGGGUGUGCGUGUGUGUGUGUGUGAAGAACUUAUGCUUUAUAAAUAAAGAUAAACAUGCA